UAUCACCAGAACAAGGCUGUAGGGUGAGAGCAGUGACCGCUUAGGGCAGCUUCCAUUUUGAAUUGAAUUUCGCCCCUCCCCAUAUUCCCUUCUUCUUCCAAUUUCCCUCAAAUCCCAGAAACCAAACGCCUCGGGGGGUAAAAGUAAAACAAAAAGAGAAGGGAAAACCAGAAAAGAGAAAGACUCCAAAAAUCCAGAUAUUGUCCAAAAGAAAGAAAGGAAAUGCAGAAGGCUUCUUCGUUCCCUCUCUCGGCUAUGGAUUCCCGCAAAACCCCGAAAGCAUCAUCUUCAUCCCCUUCGUCGUCACCGCAACCGUUUCCUCAUUUUAUUUCUUCUAUCUCUGGCUUCAUCCAGCUCUCCCUUUCCAGAUUUCGCGAGCAAUGGAUGCAAUGCGAAGCGGAGGCGUGUUGCAGAAUCGAAGAAGGCAAGAGGCGGAUUGGGAGUAUGGUGGGGAAUCUGCCCAUCGGUCGGAGACCUGUGCGACCGUUUGCUGCAAUUUCCCAUGAGCAAUUCCAGCCGAAGCGCGCUUUUGAUAUAGCUCUAAGCACCGAGGAGGUCGCCAAGACACUCGCCGGCACUGCGGUAUACACGGUGAGCAAUGCCAACAACGAGUUCGUCCUCGUUUCGGACCCCAACGGACAGAGGUCUCUUGGGUUACUGUGUUUUAGGCAGGAGGAUGCCGAAUCCCUUCUUGCUCAGGUUCAAUUGCGCCAACCGGUUUUAGGAAAGGGUGCAAGGGUGGUGCCCAUCACGCUUGACCAGGUUUAUAUGCUAAAAGUUGAAGGGAUCGCAUUCAGGUUUUUACCUGAUCCUACUCAAAUAAGGAACGCUUUGGAGUUGAAAGCUUCAGGGGCCACGAAAGCAUUUGAUGGUGUCCCUGUGUUUCAGUCAGACCUUCUAGUUGUAAAGAAGAAAAAUAGGCGAUAUUGUCCAAUAUACUUCCAAAAGGAAGAUAUAGAGAGAGAGCUCUUAAAGGUCUCCAGGGUAUCAAGAGGUGUAAGCUUGUCUCAGCAUAUCAUGGUUGGCAGUCUAGAAGAUGUUUUAAAGAAGAUGGAGAUUAAUAGCAAGAAUUCUGGCUGGGAAGAUCUGAUCUUUAUCCCACCUGGUAAAAGCUACUCCCAGCAUAUAAAAGUAGAAGCUUGACAAUUAAUCAAUCUUUGGACACAGAUCUGGCUAAAGAGUAAAGAAGUUUAAAAGCGAGGUGGUAGUUUUAUUUUUCUCUCCAAGCAGGAGCAUGGCUGGAGUGCUGUAUAAAAGGGAGAACAGGUGCCUCUCCCAUCUAGGAACGAGUUUCCUGAUACCAAACUUAGCGAAUGAUACCGAAUAGAGGCUUAUAGAAGAUGGUAAGUAGCAGCACAAAAAGAGACUACUAGGACGUCAGAUCUUUUCCUGUGGGGUGAUGAACGUUCAUGUACAGGAAACCCUUAUCAGACUUAAUGAAAUCUUUGAAUUAUGCUUUUCUA